CCAAAACGUUUCCGUCUGCGGCAGAACCACCAGCCUGAGCUGAUCGACAAGAUUAGGAUAGCGACAAAUGCUGGCAAGUCCCCCAAGUGUGACAUUGCCCCAUCUUUUGAUGAUCCGUCCAUUUGCCAGCAAAUGGCAGAUGGCGCAACUCAAGAAGAGAUUAGCGGACAAAAUGGCAAACAUUUCGAAGAUCAUAGCGAGACUGAAGCGGGGGACGAUGAUGCUGAUGAUAGUGGUCAAAACGACGAGAAGCGCAGUAAUUUCCGCAUCUUACCAGCCAGCUACUCUUAUCGCGAGGAAAUGCGCCGCAUUCUAACCGAAGAGCUUCAUGUGCGAGACUUCUUUGUUAGAACUAUCCUCAGGAUCGCCAGCGGUUGA